AUGCAGAUAGGGAUUUCCCUCUUUCGCCACAAGACGAAACGUCACCGUCCUUACCUUCGCCCCCCGGAGCUGCUUCCGUUACCUUCGCGCUCUCGCUUCUUUCCUACACCCAAGGCCACAGAUGAUGCAGCUAAGCCGAAGCGCCGAACAACAAAGAAGGCUAAAAUCUUGGAUUGUAAGGACGAGGAUGUGUCAACUAAAUCGCCACAGAGAACAAAGAAAGCUACAAAGGAGCCAAAGUCGAAACCCCCAAAAACCGUCAAGACAGACUCCCUUGAUUCGCGGGACAAAGCUCCCAAAAAGGGCACGGUGACCGUGAAAGGUCGUCCACGAAAGAACGCAAAGAGCAAGGAGCUGGGUAACAUGACCCUAGCCGGCAAAGUGACCAAGUCGAGCAAUGAGCCUCAGAUGAAGAAGAGGAGCGAGAGUGAGAAAACAAUAAACCAACAAUCCCCGGAUGGCUCGUCUGAACAGUUCGGUUCUAAAAAGUUGAACGCACUGGAGGAAGACGAAGAGUUACAUUUGGAGAAGGCCAUGAGAAGAAGGGUGGACUGGACGCCGCCAAAGCAGGAUGGUCCUGGAAACGUUCUUGUGGUCGAUGAUGAUGAUCAGCUCGACCUCAAUGCCUCUCACCCUACCACGACUGGGCUCGGGAAGCUUCUAUCGGGUUAUAACUACUCUGAUUCAGGCUCGGAGACACGCAAACUCCCGACAGACACACUUAGCGGUGGUGUGACCAAGCGAAGGAGAAUAGAGUUGGUGGACCCUCAAGUUUACCAAAAAAACAAAAUCACAUUGAAUGAUGAAUCUUCGGCCCAGGAAGGAGACUCUUCUUCUUCGAGUGCCAAAGCUAAGAAGAAGCCAAAAACUCAGAAGCGUUUCACAACAUUGACGGCCCGAAUGACUGCCCAAUAUGCAGCCAAAGAUCCCGAAGACGCUCUAAUGGAAGAUAUCAUCACAGAUGUCAGUAAGCCAAAGUCUCGACGAAGCAAAGAAAAGACAACGGACAAAGGCCCUGUAUUCACCGUUCUGUCGCCUGAAGCUGCUGCCAAGUCGUUGGAUACUCAGGAUCUCAUGUUCGGGACCUGCAGUCAGUUGGAAAGAGAAGAUUCUCCUCAGGCGCUAAGGGAGAUGCAACAAGCUAUACGCGAAUCAGAGAGAAUCUACUCUAUGGAAAGAGAAGCAGGUACCGUCUCGAGAGUCGUAUCUCGUCGAGCUGGUGAACGAAAUCUGUGGUCUGUUGGUGCCCGUGACGCAGAAGGGUCUUUGAUACAAGCGGAGCCUCUGGAUAUGGUGGAUCUCACAAAAUCAGUUGAAGCUCCUCAAAAGAAAGACAUUGCCACCACCACAAUCAAGGCUCGUGUUCCAGCAGCUCGGGAUAAUGAUUGGCUCGACCUUGACCUUGGACCGCUUGAUACAUCGCCCGGGAAGACAAUGAAACAGUCAAAACAUGUGGCAAAGCCUAACCUUGCAAAUCAUGCUGAGCUAGUGGAGCGCCUUGGCGCCAAUUCAGCGAAAAGGACAAGUAAUCAACGAGCAGACUCUCAACAGCCUUCAAUGCCGCAUUACAAUGGCUUCACAGAUGCCGAGCUGUCCAGCCAGAUUGCCUCUUUUGGUUUCAAGUCCGUAAGAGGCCGCAAGAAGAUGAUUGAAUUGCUCCAAAAGUGCUGGGAAUCCAGACAUGGAAGCCCUGUCCCUGUGACACUGAGUCAAACCCCACAAGUCACCAACCCUAGAAAGACAGACUCUCAAACAAUACCCGUCAAGCCCAAAGGGAAAGCGAAGUCCAAGCAGAGCACCACCACCACGACCACUUUAACAUCAACGGCUAUAACGGAAAAUGCGGAGCUUGGUGUGGUUUCCUCACCAAGGAGCAUACGCAAGGACUCAAAGGCAGGGCACAAUACUCAACCGUCAUUUAUAGAUGUAGAGGAGAUCCAGGAUUCCGAAGAUGAUGUUUUCCUCUCCCCAAGUCAAGUGCAAAAGCGAUACACCGAGAUUUUCUCGAAAACCCCUAGCUCAAUCCGUGAGCCUUCCCUCGACAUCAUUACAAAGACAUCACUGUCUCAAAGCCCAAUCAAACGCAAGACGACGAUCACCAAAUCCUCACGCGCCACAAAGCAAGUGACGACUUCAACUUCCAAAGCCGACGAGACGGACUCUUCUAAGCGAGACAGCCUGGCAGACCUAUCUAUGCAGAUUACCAAAGCUGUAUGGCUUCAAUCCCAGUCCUCUCAUCCAUCAAUGCACACCGGUCGACUUCGCCCAACGUGGCAAGAAAAGAUUGUGAUGUACGAUCCCAUCAUCCUGGAGGACUUAACAGCCUGGCUAAACGUCGAAGGGCUUGAUUCAGUUGGAGAAGACCGUGAGGUCCAUACAGGGAUUGUGCGGGAGUGGUGCGAGAGCAAGGGGAUCUGCUGCUGCUGGAGGAGAAACGCAAGCGGUGACAAACGCGUUCUAUAUGAGCACCAAUUGAGUGCAUAA